UUGGCGGAUGGUCGGUGUGGACGACAGGAGAGAAACUCCAGGAAAACGGACGGAGCUGACGGUGUAACGGGACGAGGGGGACUUUUUGGCGUGAAGAGGAAACUUUGUGGACAUGAGGAUAUUUUGGGUUCAUUUUCCAUUCCUAACAGAGAAGACGGACUUAUAAGGCAAACAAAACACGUAGUUGUACCUGCGGGACAUUACUGAACAGUUUUCGACCUUAUUUCAACAUGAGUGAAGUUGCAGCUUGACGAGCGGCAGCGCGCACCGACCGCACGGCUGCCCACUGAGGAGAGCAGCCCGGAGACGCCCGCCAAUGUCCGCCCUCUGUGGCCACUUCAAAGCCAGUUGUUAAAAUAUUUUAUUUUGAUUUUUUUUCCCCCACGAGCUCUGAGGAAGAGGAAGAAAGGGUCGCAUCAUGGCAGAGCACGAGAGCCUGGAGUUUGGAAAAGCAGAUUUUGUGCUUUUGGACAACGUGUCUAUGGAAGAAUUCAUGGCUAACCUUAAGCUCAGGUUUGAGAAGGGGAGGAUCUACAGCUACAUCGGCGAGGUGGUGGUGUCAGUCAAUCCUUACCGUGCCAUGAACGUCUACGGCCGCGACACCAUAGAACAGUACAAGGGCCGUGAGCUGUACGAGAGGCCGCCCCACCUCUUUGCCAUCGCCGACGCUGCUUACAAAGCCAUGAAGAGGAGGAACAAAGACACUUGUAUUGUCAUCUCAGGGGAAAGUGGGGCCGGAAAGACGGAAGCCAGCAAGUAUAUAAUGCAAUACAUUGCUGCUAUCACCAAUCCCAAUCAGAGGGCUGAGGUUGAAAGGGUGAAAAACAUGCUGCUUAAAUCCAACUGUGUCUUGGAGGCCUUUGGGAACGCCAAGACCAACCGCAACGACAACUCCAGCCGCUUUGGCAAGUACAUGGACAUCAAUUUUGACUUCAAGGGAGAUCCCAUCGGAGGCCACAUCAACAACUACCUGCUGGAAAAGUCCAGGGUGAUUUUCCAGCAGCCAGGAGAGAGGAGCUUUCACUCAUUCUACCAGCUGCUCAGAGGAGCUCCAGACUCCCUUUUGCGCUCUCUUCACAUCCAGAAGGACCCGACAGCCUACAACUACAUCAAAGUUGGAGGCCAGAUUAAGUCUUGCAUCAAUGAUGGGGCUGAUUUCAAAGCUGUAGCCGAUGCCAUGAAAGUGAUCGGCUUCACUGGGGAUGAGAUUCAGACCGUUUACAAGAUCGUGGCCACCAUCCUCCAUCUGGGUAACCUGACUUUCGGCGUGGACGGCGACGUGACCUUGAUAGAGAACACAAAGCUGGUGUCUGUGAUCAGGGAGCUGCUGUCCACCAAAGAAGAAAACGUGGAGAAAGCCCUGCUCUACCGCACGGUGGCCACGGGCCGAGACGUCAUCGAGAAGCAGCACACGGCACAAGAGGCCAGCUACGGACGGGACGCUCUAGCCAAGGCCAUGUAUGAGCGUCUGUUCUGCUGGAUUGUGGGACGGAUCAAUGACAUCAUUGAGGUGAAGAACUACGAUGCCAGAAUCCACGGGAAGAACACGGUCAUCGGAGUGCUGGACAUCUAUGGCUUUGAGAUUUUCCAGAACAACAGCUUUGAGCAGUUCUGCAUCAACUACUGCAAUGAAAAGCUGCAGCAGCUUUUCAUCCAGCUGGUGCUGAAGCAGGAACAGGAAGAGUAUCAGCGCGAAGGCAUCCCGUGGAAACAUAUCGAUUACUUCAAUAACCAGAUCAUCGUGGAUCUGGUGGAGCAGCAGCAUAAGGGCAUCUUCUCCGUGCUGGACGAGGCCUGCAUGAAUGUCGGCAAAGUCACCGAUGAGGUUUUCCUGCAAGGGCUGAAUGUCAAGCUGGCCAAACACGCCCACUACACCAGCCGCAAGCUCUCGCCGACUGACAAGAGCUUGGAGUUUGACAGAGACUUUCGCAUCAGGCACUACGCAGGAGACGUGGUGUACUCAGUGGUGGGGUUCAUAGAUAAGAACAAAGACACUCUGUUCCAGGACUUCAAGAGACUGCUGUACAACAGUUCUAACCCGGUACUGAAGGGGAUGUGGCCUGAGGGCAAACUGAGCAUCACUGAGGUCACCAAACGGCCGCUGACGGCUGCAACGCUCUUCAAAAACUCCAUGAUCUCAUUGGUGGAGAACCUGGCCUCCAAGGAGCCCUACUAUGUUCGCUGCAUCAAGCCCAACGAUGUCAAGUCCCCCCUGCUGUUCGAGCACGAGCGCUGCCGCCACCAGGUGGAGUACCUCGGGCUGCUGGAGAACGUCAGGGUGCGGCGUGCCGGCUUCGCCUACAGACAGACGUACCCUCGCUUCCUCCAGAGGUACAAGAUGAUCUCAGAGUUUACGUGGCCAAACCAUGACUUGCCAUCAGACAAAGAUGCCGUGAAGAGGCUCCUGCAGGGGUGCGGAUUCGACCACGACGUGGCCUACGGCAAAACCAAGGUCUUCAUCCGAACGCCGCGUACCCUCUUCAGCCUGGAGGAGCAGCGGGCCGAAAUGGUCCAAAGAAUCGUCCUCUUCCUGCAGAAGGUGUGGCGGGGCACCAAAGCCAGAAUGCGAUACCGACGGAUGAGGGCGGCGCUCGUCAUCCUGCAGGCCUACCGACGCUACAAGGUCAAGUCCUACAUCCGCGAGGUCAACAGGCGCUUCAAAAACGUCCGCUCCAUGAAGGAUUACGGCAGGCAUGUGAAGUGGCCCACGCCCCCCAAAGUCCUGCGCAAGUUUGAAGAGGCACUCAGAAGCAUCUAUAGCAGGUGGUGGGCUUGGACACUGAUCAAAGGCCUCUCACCAGAAGAGGCCCUGCAGGUGAGGGCCAAGGUAGCCAGCCUGGAGGCCCUGAAGGGCCAGAGGGCUGACUUGGGUCUGCAGAGGGCCUGGGAAGGAAACUACCUGAAGCGGGACAGCCCUGAUUCAGCCUCAUCGUUCACACUGGUCUCCAGCGAGCUUCAGCGGAAAGACAAGUUCAUGCGAGUUCUGUUCUCCUGCAAUGUGCGCAAGAUCAACCGUUUCCACAAGGCGGAGGACCGGGCGGUGCUCAUCACCGACCGCCACCUGUACAAGAUGGACCCCCUGAAGCAGUACAAGCCCAUGAAGAGCAUCCCCCUGUACAACGUUACAGGAGUAAGCGUGUCCCCCGGGAAGGACCAGCUGGUUGUGUUCCACACCAAGGACAGCAGGGAUCUCGUGGUGUGCCUGCAGGGCAUGGUGCCUGCCACAGAGAGCCGCAUCGGGGAACUGGUCGGCACCUUACUCAGCCACUUCAAGAGUGAGAAGAGGAAGCUGCAGGUCAACAUCGCGAGUCCCAUCCAGUGCAGCAUGAACGGGAGGAAGUGCACAGUCAUCGUGGAGCCCAAGAUCAACCAACCACAGCCAGACUUCACCAAGAGUCGAUCCGGUUACAUCCUGGCUGUUCCUGGGAACUAAACCAGGCCAAACGAAAACCAGAAAAACAGUGACAGCUGAUAUAAAACCAGGCCGAGAUGAUGAUGAUGAUAAUGAUGAUGAUGAUAAUGAUUCAGUUAUUGUGUUUUUCUGCAGAGCUGCUCAUCAUGUGACAGUAGCAGCUCUGAAGGAGGAUUGGGUUAAUUGAAUCCUCACAAUGCAAAGCCAUGCCAAAUUUGACCCGUUUGGUAGAUUUCUGUGCAGUGUCACUGCAAACAGGAAGUGUAUGAUGCGCCUACAUGCAAAACGUUAUUAGCUAAACAGUUUGUUUUUUAAAAAAUGCACUACAGGAUAAUCCACCAGAGUGGUGUGGUGUUCUUUCCUUUGUUAAAUCCAAAUUUCUAAUGAUUUGUUUUGUGCAAUAUUUACUUUACUGUCGAUGAAAAAUUGUGGUAGUCAAGGUGAGAGGAGAUUAUGUGGCAACUGUUCUCUGAACCACUGAUGUUGCAUAAUUUGGAAAAAAAAAAAGUUCAAUGGCUUUGCAGGAUUUUAUAAUCCCUGCAACUUCCUGUGCAGGAGCCACAUCAAAGGCGAAACCCCCAAAAAUGAAGUAAGAUGAUAUUUAUGUAUGGCUUUUUUUCUUACACUCAGCUUUGAUUAUCUGCUCUGGAAGAGAAGAAAACACUUUUUUUUGAUUUAUAUUCUAAGGAAUAAAAAUGUUAACGACUUUAAUUGAAAACUAGCCGACCGACGUGGUAAACGAAAGGAAAUGCAGCGUCCACUUACUGAUGAAGUCCACUUUUACUUCGUCAAAUGUUUACAAUCACAAAUGGGAACAAAGCGUGAAAAUGUGAUGCGGUGGUUCAGUCAGUGUCUGAGGCACGAGUUCCCAGUUGGAUUCGUGGUUAGUUUGUUCGUCACAGGAUGUGCUGAGCAUAUCCUGAACAUCGCGGCCUGCUCCAUACAAAGCGUUAAAAUCUACUAAUUUAAAUCUUGCUUCUUAUAUUCUCUGCUGCAAUGUUUGUACUUUUAUAAUACUCGGAUACAGCUUACAUAUCAAAGGUUAGAAUAUACUUUAAUUACGAACGUCUAUACUAUACUGCAUUUAAGUAUAAAAGGGAUACUGUAAUGAAAACUGAAUAACAGAUGACAAAUAUGAAGAUAUGCUUUUUUUUUUCCCGAGAGGUAAUUUGAGUUCAUCUGCUCUUGAACUGUAAGACUUAAUGCUCUAGCUUAGCAGCAGAGGCCAGUAAUGUACGAUCCCGUGUGAACUGCAGCUCCUGAACGUAGUCUCAUUUGCUGUCUUUGUGCUGAGUGAAAGGCCCGAUGACAUACAUCCUCUUCAUCAGAGAGUGUGUGUUCUGGUUGUGUGUUGGUUCGCUCUUUCAGCUCUCCUCUUCUUGGCUCUGGCACUGAGAGUCUGGCUGGUGUCCACAGUGACAGAGUGAAGACAGAGGGGCUAUGAAGUCUGCUGGCCCGGUUCACCUCCCUGUCCGAUGAUGGCACUGACUUUCGGACUGUUUAGAGACUUGGUUUUCAUCCGACGCUGCUGCUGAACUCCCCUCGCUGUCCUCAAAGCCAAAUCACUCAAAUUAAUUCAUCGGCACUUGAACACUUUUGUUUGUACUGUUCUCGCAAACUGUCGAAUGUGUUGAAACCGAUCACUCUAAUUAUUCUUUUGUAAGUGUUAGCACAUCACAAUAUGUUCUUAUUCCACCUGCUUUAUAAAUUAAUGGCAGCACAGAUUAGCAAAGCGAGCUUAAGGCUCAUAUCUGAACACUGAAGUGUGUCUCAUGAGUGUCUGGAUGUAAAAUAAAAGAGGAUGCAACACUUUCAAGAUGGUUUGCUGCUAGUAAAGUUGAGCAAAGCUUGUGAAGGUUUACUUCACCCUACAAACAAGCACACUGAGUGCAGCGAUGCUGAUCUUCUCAUUCGUCCCAGCUUUGAGUCUUCAUGUGCUCAGACAUCCACAUGACAGAUAGAUCAGAGACGCACUUUACUCCACUGUGGCGAGCCAGGCGGCCGGUGGCACACUUAGUGAUUCCCUGGUUGUUAUCAUUGAGAAUUUUAUGGUGACGGUUAGUUCCUCCUUUACCGAACCCUCCCCUGCCUCUUCCGCUCUCUGGUGGUUAAUUGCUCUCUGCUCUGCCAAAUAAUAAAAAGUCCAUCUCCGGACAAAGAGCACGUGAUGGCACCAGAGCAGCUUCUUAAUGGACCUUGUGGUGAGGCUGUUUUCUCAGCUGGAUGAGAAUUCACUCUGAAGCUCUGCUUCAAAGCAGACAUGGACAAAGAAGUCCUUAGUAAGCAGGGGGAAAAAAUGACCCUCAUAACUCCAUGACAGCUGAGCAAACUCUACUCAUGAAGCUCAUGUGAGGGUCAAAAGCUCUAGAAGUCUCAGUGUUGCUGAAUGUGACUAAUUCAUUCAGGGCAUAUCGAUAUGAAGGUCAUCAUAUGAUGCAGAAAUGUUAUCGUCUCUCCUCCGGCAGAGAUUUGACCAAGUAAAGAGCACUGACUGUCGUAAGUAAGGAUGGACAGCCCAAGGUGAUGAAUCGGAGCUCCCUCCCUCGACGUCUGGCCUAGUUGAGGAGGCAGACGCACUCUUCUGCACUUCAUUUCAGCGAUAAGGAAAACUGGCUAGCAGUCAUUUUAGCCACAGCGGCACAGUCCUCUAAUUGUGCCCGAGUGUUGUCUGAACACAAGUCGUUUAUCUUAAUUAGUUUGUCCGUGCCCCCUGUCUUUGGAAGGAGCAAAUCUCCAUUGUACCUCGCAGCUUUGUGGUGGCUGUCCUUGUCCUGUUGCUUGAUAAGGCGCUUUGAUGCAGAAACGAGUUGUUUGGGGAAACUGGUGCAUUCGCAGCAUGGAUUAAGGAAGUGACAUGGGUAGCUUUAAUAGACGGUUUUCAAAGGAGCUCAGGCACAGGAGCUGCCUGAUGAGAGAGUGUGUGUGUGUGUGGACUGUAACACUGCAGCUCUCCUUAUCCUUCAGCAUGGUAAUCUCCCACAGGGCCUCUCCUCUCCUCUCUGCUCUGCUAUUCACCGCUCAUCAUUAGGAUGGACUCCAUGUCACUUCUCACUUCAGCGCUUCUCUCUCUGCUUUCUCGAGGCAAAAGGGGGCUGGAGAACAAAGCCUCGCUCGGCCUCCUCUCCUUCUCUACUCCCUCGGCUUUCUUCUCGUCUCUCCAGCCCUCGCUUCAUCCCUCCCUCCUUCUCCACUUUCCUCCCUCAGUCAAAUCACUUUGCUUCUCGCCCGGUUGGGCUGACUGUACCGUCCUGCAGGGCAGCGAAGGUUUUCCCGUUAUUCUGUUUUUUUGUUUUGAUUUGUUUUGGGUUUUUCCUUCGGCCGUCCUGUGCCCGGGAGGUGUGGAAACAAACCGAGAAACUAUGCCAGCAACAAGAACAUAGCAUCAGACAAUAGGAGCUAGUAGUUCAGCAACUAAAAGUGACCUGAAAUGUAAAUACUGUGGAACCAAAACUUACUAAAGGUUAUUGUCGUUCUGUAUCUUUUAUUACUGAUAACAAAUUCAACAAAAUUGAUGUUUGUGCGUGUGCAGACCAAAUCAGCAAAGAUUACUUUUCCAUUACAUGCACUUCAUGACAAGUUUAAAAAUCACUGGCUUUUGUAAUUACCCCUUUAAAAUGGGCGAUGAAGAAUGUCAGACAUGAAUGUUAACACUUGGAGACUCGUGCCAUCGUGUUCCUCCCUGUAACUGCUCCUCAUCGUGGGAUGUUUGUGUUUUUGUUCCAGAAGCAUCUGACUCUCUUAUCAAUCCUGUCCAGCCAAAGGGGAACAAAUUCCACUUUUCUUUUUGAUUAUUUAUUCCAUAUUUCUUUGGCUUUAAACAAACUCUGUAUGUAUACACCAGUCAUCCAGUAUGUGCCUAAUUUUAUAUUAAGUUUAUAUUCUAAAUAUUUGUGAUUACCAACCUGUAACUUCCAGAUCGAGUCUGAAGGGAACUUCACCGUUGUAAUACUAUUUUUUUGAGCAAAUGUAUUCUGUGUAAAUGCAGAUUAUGCAUUUCAUGAUGUCCUGUAAUGAAAAAAUAUAUUUCACUAAUCAUUUUAUUAAUAAAUUUAUUUGCUUCAGUA